CUCCCUGUCCGCCACCAAGAUUGGAAGCUCGCCGCCCAGCUCUACAGGGCCGCUGCCGACCGCGGCAGCCUCGAAGCAUCCUUCCAGCUGGCCUGGCUCACAUUCCUGGGCGAGGGGAUGGCCAAGAACGACCGCGGUGCCUUCGUGCUUUGGCAGGAAGUCAGCACCAAGUCAACUGACACUGUCCUGAAACCCAUCGCGACCCACAUGGUCGGUUGGAUGCACUACCUCGGCCGGGGGUACCCAGCAGGACAAGCAAAAGGGCACCAAGAUCAUACGCAACAACAAAUCCAAUGUGUUCGGCCUUGGGGAGGACGAAUGUCUGGUAGCUGGGGCCAUGUCUUCGUCCGACUCAUCCGCCGCCCGCAAGUUCUUUGAUUUGUGCCAGCAGGGAUCGGAGCAGGAAUGGCUGUGCAGGCACAUCAUGGCUGUGUGUUUGUUCCAUGGAUUCGGAACCACCGGGGACCGGAAAAAGGCAGCGGCCAUAUUUGAACAGCUCGCCAACGAGGGUUACAGCGACAGCCAGGUCUGUCUUGGAGAAUGUUACUUAUUUGGUUGGGGAGUGUGGCGAAACCGAAAGCAAGCCCUCCAGUGGUACAGCAAAUCGGCCAAACAAGGCAAUUCUUACGGUCAGAAUAUGGUUGGCUUUUGCUACUACAAGGGAUACGGAGUCACCAAGGACGACACCAAGGCGACCGAGUGGUGGCGCAAUUCGGCCGAACAGGGCAAUCGAUACGGACAGAACAACCUCGGCACCUGUUACAAGUGUGGCUGGGGUGUCCCCCAGGACACCGACACUGCCCUCUUCUGGCUUCGCAAGUCCGCCGACCAGGGUUACAAUUUGGCCAUCGACGAACUCAAGUGGUUAAACAAGUGGCCUUGAUCCCGAUGCCGUCCCAAGUUCCACGCCCAAAUAAUCAUGUCGCCCCGCUGAAAUGCAACAAGGGCAGCCAAAUCACCGCACCACCCAAUUUCAUCCAAAUCCAACGAUAUCGACCUGUGGAUUCGCAAAGUGGGCCCGAUAGAGCGGCAGACGGCGAGUGAGGUUGUAUUUGACAUUCAGCACAUCCAAUACAUCCAGCAUACAAAACA